CAACACUUGCAAAGUCAUAACCCGCACUUUAGACCUCAUAAAUCACCAGUACAAAGGUCAAGACUACAAUUCUCCGGCGAGAUUGUCGUUCCGUCAAUAUCUCCUGCACUAAAAGAUCCCGAUUUGUCGGCGUUCCGUUUCCCGACGGCGGGAGAAUUUCAGUAGUUCUCGCCAUCUUUCUCGCUAAUGCAUGUCGCUGUAUAUAGAGAGGUAUGGGUUUAUUUAGGAGAUUAUCUGGAUUUCUAGGGUUUUCAAGAGAAGAAGUUCACGAAGUGAGAGGGGUAGAACACAACACCAACGGUAAUAUAGCACCGUCGUUAGUGGAUGUAGCUGCAGCAGCUGCGGCAGCUCAAGCUCAAAAUGUUCCACGAAGAGGUUUCAGUGUCCCGAUUCAAGUCCCCGUCGAGAGGGCACAACUCGGCCCAAUCCUUGUUCGUUGUAGUUCACGCGAUGGUGGCGUUCAGGGAUUGAGAUGGUAUGCCAAGCGUCUUAGGAUAGAUGAAGAUGGAGAUGUUGCAGACGAAUUUCUCGAGGAAAUCCUUGAGGAUACGCCUUCAAGCACAGAAGGGCACCGCAGGCAAUAUCCCAAGUUCGAACUGAAGUACACUACAAAACCUGCUAAGGUUGUUAGUCAGGCACUCUCAACUGCUGGUAAAAUUCAACAUCGAGUGGAACAUCAAGGCAAAUUGGAGUGGAUUUGAAGACCUACAUUUGAGGUUGAGAUUUUAAUUAAAUUACUUCUGGCAGGUACAUUAUUUAGCUUCAUUCUCUCGGAAGGACCAAGAUUUGGUGUGCGAAUCACUAUUGGGAAUACAAUGUUCUUUUGCAUGUCUCUCUGCUUUGUUGGAACUGACUUGAUGCUAGGCAGCAAGUUUCAUUCAUAAAGAAACAUAAUUGUACCAGAAAAACUAUCAAUGUAUACAUGAUAUUGAACUAUCAAAAUGUUGGGUCAUUAGUUGAAUUAUUGAAGAAGCAUAGUCACUUCAUCGCA